UUAGAUAAUUGCAUUAAUGAGAAAUUGAACUGGUGUUCCUAAUAAUCCUUUAGGUGAGUGUACAUUGAAUUACCAAAGGGUCCUAGACUAGAACAGUACAACAAUUCAUAAAGCCCAUGUUCCACCUUCCACAACUGCCUUCCUUUAAUAUUCCCCCGGUCAAUGUGGGCCCAACAAAGAUUUCCAAACGUGGCUACCCUCCCAUGUGCUAAUAAGGCGUGCAAAUGACAAACUAUGCACUCUGCACUCAAUAUUGUAUGGUCUACACUGCAACCAAGUAUAAAGGGGAAACACUACAAACUAUCAAAUGCUAUAUGUUCUUUAUUUACAGAAAUGAAUCCUGUUAACACCUGUCACCUGUAUCUUAUUUGGGUGGAACACAACUAAAAUACCAUCAUGGAAUUCAAGGACACAUCAUCAAAAGUAAAAAACAUGAUUCCACAAAGUCAUCUUAUAAAUAGAGGACCUCCUGCAAGAUAUCAACUAGAAACAAAGAAGAUGAGUCUGGAUAAUAAUGAUAAACUCAGAAGAUGUACAUUUCUAGAGAAAGAUCCCUUUAUGAUGAACAAAACUAUUCUGCUGGUAGGAGAGACUAGUACAGGGAAGUCCACUCUGAUUAAUGCCAUGGUCAAUUAUGUCCUGGGGGUUAAGAUGGAGGACAAAGUCUGGUUUGAGAUCACUGAAGAGGAGACAACAGGUCAGACUGAAAGUAAAACUACAAGAGUAACUGUAUAUGAGAUAUUUGGAUAUGAAGGCAGGAGAGUCCCCUACUCUCUCACCAUUAUCGACACUCCAGGAUUUGGAGACACAAGAGGAAUCGAAAAAGACAACAUGAUCGCUGAAAAAUUGUUUCAGUUGUUUAGGUCUGAUAAAGGGAUUCAUCAAAUUGAUGCUGUUGGUUUAGUCAUAAAGGCAGCAAUGAAUCGUCUCAGUGACAGACAACAGUACAUCUUUGAUGCAGUUUUGUCUUUAUUUGGCAAAGAUAUGGAAAAAAACAUUGUGGCCUUUAUCACACACUCUGAUGGAAUGGCCCCAAAGAAUGCGCUAGAAGCCAUUACUGCAGCAAAGGUUCCCUGUGCCAAGAAUGAGAAGAAUCAUCCUGUACAUUUUGUGUUUAAUAAUGUUCAGAGUGAACCCAAUGAUGAGAAAUAUGAUCACUAUCAGGAACAGGCCUGGAAUCAAGGAUUAAAAUCCAUGGAAAAGUUGUUUACUUAUUUGAAUAACAUUGAAACAAAGACUGUUAAGAAGACGGAAGGAGUACUGAGAGAACGCAAACAGCUGGAAGCUGUAGUUGGCAACUUACAGGAACUGAUAAAAGAGAUUGAAGUAAAGCAAAAGGAAAUCAAGGACACUCAAAAUGCCCUGGAGAAACACAAGAAUGAAAUGGAGGAAAACAAGAAUUUCUCAUAUGAAGUUGAGGAAAUCUACAAAGAUAAAAUCUCAGUAGAUACAUUAAGGAAUUGGUUUCUUUACAACAACGGAGCGACCAUCUGUACAGUCUGUGAGGAGAACUGUCACUAUCCAGACUGCUGGUGGGUUUCUGAUCUCUCCUGGUGCAGUGUGAUGAAGAACAACCACUGUACUGUGUGUACUAAUAAAUGCCACUUCACCAAGCAUGUCAAGGGAAAUGAAAAGUAUGAUCUCAAGACCAGGAUGGUUACCAGGACAUAUGAAGAGUUGAAAUACAAGUAUGACAUCAGUGAGAAAGGUGUUGGGGAGAAAGAGAAUGUGCUCAUCAGACUUCAGAAGGAACUGGAGGAGCUCACAAACAAGAAGACCUCACUUGUGGAGGAAUCCUACCAGUGUCUCAUCAUACUGGAAGAGAUUGCCUUGAAGGCCAUCUCACUGUCCACUGCCAAACAUCUGGACUUCCUGAUUAAGAGGAUGACGGAGACAGGAGACAUGGAGAAGGUUAAGAAACUGGAGGAGCUGAGUAGGAACACAAGGAAGGGUAUUUGAGGAGAAUGGCAAAUUACGUCAUGGGAAUAAAAAAAUCUGAAAUAAAACAAGAAAUUUGUAUUUUUAACUAAAAGAAGAAAAAUACUUUAACAACACAAUAUAAAAAUCACAAUUGUCAGCAGUGAGGAAUGCAGGCAUGUUAUAAGAUUGACAUUGUCAAUGUUGAUGAUGAGCUUGUCCAGAGUCUAUUAAAUCUAAUCCAGGUCAGAAGCAUGACCAGAUGGACAAGGACAGGGACAACCGGGUGGAGGGGGCUGGAAAUGUCAGGCAUCGUCUUGAUCUGCUACACAGCCAGGAGGACUUCGGACAGUGGCAGCAAUGAAUGGAUUGCAUGAAUGGAUCACUCUGUUUUUGUAAUUAUUAUUUUGUGUCUUUUUUUAGGAUGACUGUAUUUACUCACCUGAAAAUGAGACUACAGCCUCAAUGUGAUUUUCCCUAUCUAAUUUAUGUAUAAAAUAUUAUACCAUG